AAACCCAUCAAAACACCCAAAACACAUCCGCAUCCAGUCAGCUUCAUCAUCGCAGUCAGCUAUUACAGCAGUUCGUGAGUGCCGAGAUUUUUUUCCGACCAACAGCAUUAAUUGUAGGAAUUUGUAGAAAAAUUUACUGUAGCAAGCAGCAAGAUCCUUCAUGGUUCACCGCUAACGUUAAGGAAGUGCAUAAGGCUUCCAGUCGAGGUGGUAUUUUCUCGGAACAAACAUACGGAGAAACAAGUAUCGAUUUUUUUUCUGCUCUUUAUGCUACCGUACAAAAAUGGAAAAAUAACAGAGUGAAAAAUAUGAAAAACAUGUAACCAAAAUCGGUUUCCUUCGGGAAAAGCUGUUAUCGGAUUUGACCUAUUGAAUCGAAUUCAGAUACAAUUUUCGGAAACGUGUUCCCGGGAUUGCUCGAUGGAGAAAAUUAGCCCGGCCGAUUGAUUGGGGGGCACCGUUGAUGGACUGAAUCUGGCCGCAGCAACAUUGUUGAUUGUCCGGAAUUCAAAACGUAGGAGGACGAAUAAAAAUCGGCCGCCAAACUGGACGCGAUGUUUAAUCGACUCAAAAACCGGGUGCUGACGGUUGUCGGACCGGAUAUUCCGGCGCUACCGUCGACCGGAAGUGGACAUGGAUCAAGUGGAGGAUACAGUCAUCGACAUCAUCACGACGACCAUGGGGGAAAAGGGAACCUACCGGAAAAAUUCCGGUACGCCAGGCCCCAGUUUCUGCAGCUGCUUACGUACGACGAGCUGAAGGCCAGUGCGGAUCACAACGUGCGACCGAUCAUCGUACCGCGGGAUCUUUCGCUACUACCUUGGAACACCGGUUACGCCGAGUGCGUCAAUUCUGGCAAAUCAGAGUGGAACGAAGACCAAGCCGCAUUUCAUCGGCAAGUUCUUUCGCACCCUUCCCGGCAGUAUCACGAUCUGCCGUAUACGUAUUACGGGAUCUACGAUGGGCAUGCGGGCUAUGGGGCUGCGCUGGCGGCUUCCAAUCAGUUUCACCACAUUUUGCAUGAAAAGCUGGUGGAUAUUAUUGAUUUGUUGAUGCCAAGGGUGGAGGGAGAGGAACCGAGCCGGGGAGGUGUUGGAUUGAAUGCAAUCUUGCCGCAUCCAAUUCUGUUCCACAAGCAAGUCUCGAAGGAUGAGUUGAUUGUGGGUGCUCUGGAGGCCGCGUUUGCAGAUAUGGACGCUUUGCUGGCGGAGGAUCGGGAUAAGUACCGGAAUGCCGGGGGUUGUACGGCACUGGUUGCAUUGUUUAUCUUAGGUAAGUUGUUUGUGGCAAAUGCGGGCGACUCGAGGGGAAUUUUGUGUAAACGAGUUCAUAAGAAGAAGCUGCCACAUGGGACUUGCUCACGACCGCCAAGUUUCCACGAAGAGGGUAUUAAUGGAGACGCGGCUCCGGUUGGAAUCCAGGAGGAAGAAGAGGACGAAUAUAUGGUAUAUGCUGAACCCUGCUCAUUUGACCACACACCAGAAACGGAACGACCCCGAUUGCUAUCGGUAGGGAAGUUGAAUCCCAACUUGAUGGGCGGAGAAUACGUGGCCAUGGAAUACGCCAAGAAACCGAUGACAAAAGAUUUGGGCACCCGUAUACUCUACCGACAGGGCACGAUGAAGGGCUGGACAUACAAAACUUUGACUCGGGACGAUUUGAAAAUGCCGCUCGUUACCGGUGAAGGCAAACGAAGUCGACUUCUGGGAACCAUUGGCGUGACUCGGGGCUUCGGCGAUCAUGACUUGAAGGCUCUCGGUAGUGGACUGCCGAUUAAACCGUUCCUCAGUUGCCACCCGGAUGUGGUCUGUAUAGAUCUUAGCACAAUUGAGAGCGAUCCGGAUGCAGACAACUGCGACGGAGACUAUGGGGUCUUGGUGAUGGCCACCGAUGGGCUGUGGGAUGUGACCUACUCGCAGAAGGUAGCGAAUACAGUUUUCACAACGCUGAAAAAGUUUCCCACGGAACGUCACCGAUACACGAUGGCCGCUCAGGAACUGGUUGCCAAGUCUCGGGGCCGAGCAAACGUCAAUGGCCACUGGAGGUUGGCCGAUUCUCGGGCAGCGGCCACCGUCGAUGACAUCUCCGUGAUCGUCGUUCCAGUUUAUCAGUACUAUCUGGAGUAUCUCGAGUGGAAACGCUCGAUCCAGAAACCUCCACCCAAACCAAUGGUCUCGAUCACGCCCGGUGCUGGCAUCGGUAAAGCUCCCUCCAUAGAUCAAUCGGAAACCAUCGAAGAAGCGAUCGCUGCCAGCGAACUGAUAGUUUCCUCGGAAUCCGAAUCCAAGCUCCUUGCUGAAACAAACUCAUCAAAAGAAGCGUCUUCGGUCGACGAAAGUAGUUCUGCAGUCGAGAACCAACCGGUGGACGCAACCAAACCGGACACUCCAAAGGAGCUUCCUAGCUUACCCUAAUUAAUAGUCACGAAGAAGGUCUUCACCGCCUAUCGGACGACUACGAAAUGUUUUAUUCUGUUGAGUAAUUAUGUUAUCCCCCAACUUUACUCCUCCCUUCUAUCUACGUUCUUUUCGCUCGAUUUCCAUACGUGAUUUUAAAAUAUUUGCAGCGAAAACUCAGUUUUACAGUAGACGAAAUAACCUAUUGGAAUGGAGAAAAAAGUACUAUAUUUGAUAUGAUAAACACAACCCAGCUGAUGUAGACAAGAUAAUUAAUGAAUUAAUUACAAAAAUAAUAUUAAAACCAAUACAAUAAGAGCACUAAGCUAGCGAACUUUCAGUCUACAAUAAAAAAAAACAAAAACAAACAAAGCCAGCAAGUAAACUAUUAUCAUUAGUUAAUUGAAACAAAUAGUAAUCCAUAUGGGUAGGGAUACGAUUUGCUGUCGAAGGCAGACAGGAACACAACAUUUGCAGUGAAAGACAAACAAACAUAGCAAGAGCGAGUCCCCGCUGAAACAGUUCAACUAUCUACAUUACUUCAUAGUUAAAUGCAGAAGAUACAAGCAGAAUAAAUUAAUAAAUCCUUUAUUUAAAAUCCUCA